CUUUGGGCGAACCCCUGAAUGUGCUUUGUGUUCUCGAGACUCAACUCGCAUCAUGCUCCAGCGCCCGGCUGUUCUACACAUGUUUAGAACUUGCCAGGGGCGCUAUCGACGAUCAUGACACGCCGUUUUGUUCGCGCGGGCGUGCAGCUCGCCAUUUUUGCUUCGUUUGCUCUACUUCUUAUUGUCACUCUUGAUAACAGAUUCCGUGUUCUCCCAGCCGCAAUUCACGGCCAUCUUCCCUCCCAUUAUGCGGGCUUUGUUGUAACGGACGUGACCGUAGCGACGUGCUCGAUCUUGAACCCCUUUUCGAGCUGCAAAUCUUCGGCACCAUGGUGGACUCAGGUGGAGAAAGACUUGUACCUGCGGACGGGUUGGACCUCCGCAGCAUACAUUCGAUUCCAGCGGAAGAAGGAAGAGGAGCUUCUUCCUGCGGAUAAGGUCGUUAUCGACCUGAAGAUUAGCAGACUUGCGCCAGAAGUCCAAGAUGAUCCGAAAGAAGAUAAAGCCGAUUGGGAACAGCGCCCCGGCGGCAUAUGGUUAAAGAGGACGGCGAAGCGACACGCGAGCGAUUCUCACAGCGCCAUUACAUCCGUUGAUGUCCUUUUCGGCGCCGAUGCGGUCGAUCCUCGCCCCGGUUGGGAAGUCAAGGACACACCCAUAUUGCUAGAUAGUCGGACGGAGAGCCUGGAAGCUCGGAUCACGGUUCGGAGGGGAGACCCACUGAAAAUCAAGAAACCGGUACCAAGGAUCAACGAGAAUGGUCGAUUCAAGAUCAUGCAGCUGGCGGACCUGCAUCUCAGUACUGGUUUAGGACACUGCCGGGACCCUGUGCCCCCAGAGCUUAUCCCUGGCCAGGGAUGUGAGGCGGAUCCUCGAACGCUAGACUUUAUAGAGAGACUUCUUGAUGAGGAGCAGCCAGAUUUGGUCAUUCUGAGCGGAGACCAAGUGAACGGUGAAACGUCCAGAGAUGCACAGAGUCCUCUCUUCAAGUCCGUUAAGUUGUUAGUCGACCGCAAGAUACCCUACGCCGCUAUUUUCGGUAACCAUGACGAUGAGGGUAAUCUAGAUCGCCAUCAAUCCAUGGCAAUCUUGGAAGAUUUGCCAUACUCACUCUCGUCGGCCGGUCCAGAAGAUAUAGAUGGCGUUGGUAAUUAUAUCGUGGAAGUGCUCGGUCGUGGAAAUACCGACCAUUCCGCUCUAACGCUCUACCUCCUCGACUCACAUUCAUACUCACCAGAUGAACGCCAGUUUCGGGGUUAUGAUUGGAUCAAGCCCAACCAGAUUCGCUGGUUUAAGACCACAGCCCAAGGUCUGAAAGCCAAACAUCAACAAUACGCAUAUAUGCACAUGAACAUGGCAUUCAUCCAUAUUCCUCUUCCUGAGUUCGCUCAAAGAGGAAACUACUUCCGCGGAAAUUGGUCCGAGCCCUCCACAGCGCCAGGGUUUAAUUCCGGAUUCAAGGAUGCCCUCGAAGAAGAAGGGAUUCUUUUCGUAGGAUGCGGACAUGAUCACGCUAACGACUACUGCGCCCUCAGCAAAAACGAGGCCCAGAAACCGUCACUCUGGAUGUGUUACGGAGGAGGAGCCGGUUUUGGGGGCUAUGGCGGCUACGGUGGCUUCAUCCGCCGCGUGCGGUUCUUUGACUUUGAUAUGAACCCUGGUCGGGUUGUUACAUACAAGCGGUUGGAGUAUGGUAAUACGGAUGCGAGAAUUGAUGAGAUGAUGAUUGUCGAUGGGGGUAUGGUCAAGGGACCAGAUUGA